AUGCAAAAGAACCUUCUGGUCGGCCUGCAGAGCAACGGACUCCAGGAUGGGUCCUUCAACCCACUGCCGGGAGCCAUGCCGGACAUGCCUAGCCCGAAACUGACAAAGUUGGGCUCGGUGGGAAGCAUCGACCGCUUCACUACAGAUCCCUUCAGCGACUUUGAAGAAGACCCCUUGAGUGAUGACGACGAAGAUGCAGCGCGGCUCCGAUUUGAGAGGUCCGAAGGCAUCAAGAAGCAGAGAUCCAACUCGGAGACCAAGGACGUGAAGACAGCCUGGGGAGAGGAGCCUCAGGAAGAGGAGAAAGCCGCUCCUGAGACCAUCGAGGAUGAUGAGAGAUUCCGAGAUGGCGACAAGGAGUUCCUCCAAAAGAAGAGUCAAAUGGUCGUGAGGCGCAACCAGCUGGACGAGAACAUGCCUCCCCUACGAAAGCUCGCCAGGUGGCUCGUCUCCUUCAUCGUGGUCUUCAAUUCGCUCCUUGUUGGUAUCGAAGCGCAGUGGGGUCUGGAGAAUCUCAACAAGGACCCGCACAUGCUGCUGCGUGUGCUUGACAUCUGCUGCAACGUUUGCUUUGCUCUCGAGCUGGCUCUCAGAGUCACAGCAGAUCGGAAAUUCUUCGUUUCAUUAGUGAACCCGUCCCUGUACUGGAACCUGCUCGAUAUUUUCCUGGUCACGUUUGCCUGGCUUGAAGAGAUCAUCCUCCUAAUUUCCGCGAGCGAGUCUUCCUUGGACGUGUCUGUUCUGAGACUGCUCCGCAUGGCGCGCCUUCUGCGUGUCGCUCGAAUUCUGCGGGUGGUGCGCUUCUUCAGCGAUCUGCGAGUCAUGGUCAAUGGGAUCAAAGCCUCUUCCCGUGCGCUUCUCUGGUCGAUCGUGCUGCUCUCCCUAGUCACGUACCUUUUUGGCGUCACCUUUAUGCAGCUAUCCCGAGCGCAUCUGGAGGAAACUGGGACUCCAGGCAGCCCACUGCUGGAUUACUAUGGAACGUUGUCGCGAUCCAUUCUCACGCUCUUCAUGACGAUUUCAGGUGGCAUGCUGUGGAAAGAGGCUCUGACCCCCCUCAGCGAGAUCCACUGGCUCUUGGACCUCGUCUUCCUUAUCUACAUAUUUUGUACGGUCUUCUGCUGCCUGAAUGUGAUGACGGGCAUCUUCGUUGAAGCCGCGCAGGUCACCAAAAAGACCGACGAGUCUGUGGUGCAGCAGGAGCUGCAAAAGGAGCGGAAGCAGUGGUUGGCGGACGUUGCAGAGCUGUUUUACCGAGUGGAUGCCGACAGCUCAGGUGAUGUAACCAAGAAGGAGUUCUGCAGCCAGCUCUACACUGAAAGGGUGCAAAUGCUAUUCCGAAAGCUUGGAAUUGUCUCCGACGGGUACACUCCUUCGGAGCUCUGGGACUUGCUGGACAUCGCGCAAAGCGGCGCCAUCGUCCAGGCCGACUUCGCUCAUGCGAUUCGGCAGAUGAUGGGCAAUGGGCGCGCCAUUGACAUUUACAGGCUGAAAAAGGAUAUCAGAACCAUCUCGAGGCAGGUUGGUGACCUCAACAAGACCAUGCAGGCGACCUUUGGAGACAGCGACCGUUGA